AUGAAAAUGAGCACAAAUUCAUCAAUUGCCAAUAAAACUGGGUUAAUGUGGCAACAACAAGUAUUUGCACUUGAUGCAAAAUAUAAUUCACGUAGAGCUUCUGGUCAGCCGGGAUUUGGCUUACUAUACCUUCGACGACGAAAUCAGCUUCUACGUGAAAAAAACCCUGCAAACACAGAAACUCGAUUAUCAUAUGUAAAAUUAAGAGCUGAACUAUUUAAUUUACGCUAUGGAUCACCAUCUGACUGCGUAAGUUUAUCAUCUCGUGCAUCAAUAGAUGGAAUUUCGGAAAGCAGUAUAAUAAAAGAAAGAUCAAUAAAAAAAUCAACAGCAGAAAGCUUUGCUUUUGCUGGUGUUCAUCAUGUAUUUGAUCAACAUAAAGGUGCGAUAACUUCGCUAAAAUUUGCUAAUAAUGAUCGAUCAAGACUCUGCUGCGCUUCAUUUGACGGUACAAUCACGAUAUGUGAUGUAACAAACACGCCACCUAAAAUUUUGGUUCGGUUAGAGGAUCAUAAAAAGGGUGUCACUGCAAUAGAUUGGAGCAUUAGUAAUGAUUUUAUAGUUUCUUCAUCUCUAGAUGCUACCGUAAGACUUUGGGGUAUCACUGAAGAUUCUACUACUGUUUGCUUAAGAACUGUAGGCGAUCAAGUUCGAUCUGAAGUACUCUGUUGUGGUUUUGUACCGGCUAAUAACAAUUUAGUUAUCACAGGUAACGCUGUAGGACUUCUUCAAGUCCUUAAUAUUUCAACUGGAAUCUAUCCUCGUGGAGGAACAUCUAAAAUUGGUGGAAAGGUUUUAUCACUGACUUGUGAAGAAAGUGGUGGAUCACUCAUUUGGGCCGGAAACGAUAAAGGUAUUAUUGUAUCACUAAGAUUAGAAUCAGGCUCUGGACGAUUAUCUAAGUUGAGAAGAAUUGAAACUGUGGGUAACGCUGCUAUUACAAGCUUAUCUUGGAGAUCAUGGUUAUCAAGAGAUGCCCCAUCACCAACGCUUCUUAUCAGCAGUGCAUGCAAUGCUGUUUUUCUCUAUCGAGUCACCGAUCUUCAGGGUACUCUGAAAAUCUGGAGAAAUUAUCCGUUGAAACAUAGGCAAUAUCUAGUGAGAUCAACGUUCUGUCCUCAAAUGGGCGCGUGCUUAAUAGCCAGUGGAUCAGAAGAUGGUUCGGUUCAUCUAUUGGAUACCUCACGUGAUGGCAAAGCUGCACAGGUUAAUAGACUACAUGGACAUUCCGCCCCAAUUCUCGCCCUCAGCUUUAACUACGACGAAUCACAUCUUGCUACCGGUGAUCAUCAGGGUCUUAUUAUUAUUUGGCGGAAUUAA